AUGCUUCGACCAUUAUUAUAUUCCUCCUGGAGCUCUGGAUGCUCAUCCCGGGUUCGAGUUGCUUUGGCACUCAAGAAAAUAGACUAUGAUUAUCAUGCGAUCAACCUUAGAGAUACAGAAGCUGAGAAAGAUUUUGCCGCCAAUAAUCCUGCGAAAAAAGUGCCAAUUUUGAAAAUCAACGAUUUGACACUGACUGAAUCAAUGGCAAUUAUUGAGUAUUUGGAUGAAGUCUUUCCAGAACCCCCACUUCUUCCGAAAGAUUCCGCCCAGAAGGCUCAUGCAAGAGCUAUUGCUUUUCAUAUCACCUCUAACAUUCAACCACUCCAAAAUUUGGCGAUUGGCAAGAUGUUGGAUGAGAAGAUUCCGGGUUAUGGGUUGGAGUGGUGCCAAUUUCACAUCAAAAAAGGAUUCGAUGCUCUUGAGAAACUUUUGGGUCUCUAUUCUGGAACAUUCUGUGUUGGAAAUCAAAUCACAAUUGCCGAUAUCGUUCUGCCGUCGAUUGUCUACAACGCCAUGGAAAAAUAUUCCGUCGAUAUGACACCGUACCCGAAAAUUGCUGAAAUCAACAAAAAACUGGCUGAAAUUCCCGAAUUUCAGACAGCGGAGCCAGCUCGGCAACCGGAUGCACCGAAGGACCAAAAAAAUUGGGGAGAAAAUUUGGGUUUUAAAUGA